AUUCCUGUCAGCUGUCACGCUGUCACUGUCAGUCAGUCGGUGACCAAGGUUAGGUUAGGUCGGUGUUUUUUUGUAAUUUUUUAUUUUUAUUAAAUUAUCAACGUGUGUGUGCUAUUUUCUGCUGACUAUAUAAAAUUUACCAUCGGGGUUUACAUUCAGCAUUCACCAUGGAGGCACUAUCGACCCUCCUGCAGCCGUACAAGGAGAUCGUGGGCACCGUGGCGGGCGUGGUGACCGUGGGGCAGAUGUUCUCGGGCUCGUUCAUCUGCCUCGACGUGCGCCGGCAGGGGCACACGCGCGGCGUCAGCAUCAUGCCCUUCAUCGGAGGGUUCAUUAUGAGCGUGAUCAACCUGAAGUACGGGUUCAUCCUGCGCGACGACACCAUGAUCAACGUCAACUUCUUCGGCCUCGCGCUCAACAUGCUGUACCUGAUGCUCUACUUCCACUACUCGCAGGAGAAGGUGCGUGUGUGGGCGCAGAUGGGUUGCGGCGGCGCCGUGUCGGCCGCUAUGAUCGGAUACGCACAGAUGGAGGACCCCAAGCUGGUGGAGUAUCGCUUCGGCCUCAUCAUCACCGCCUUCAUGUUCUACCUCAUCGCCUCGCCGCUCUUCAACCUGGGCAACAUAAUAAAGAACAAGAGCACGGAGGGCAUGCCGUUCCCCAUCAUCCUGUCCGGCACCGUGGUCACCUUCAUGUGGCUGCUGUACGGCGUCAUUCUGAACAACACCUUCAUUGUCGUACAAAACAUAGUGGCGUUCGCGCUGUGUUCGUUCCAGCUGGCUCUGUUCGCCAUCUACCCCGCCAAGCCCAAGCGCGGGAAACCGAAGCCCAAGAAAACAAACUAAGAAACAAAAAUAAAAAGAAAACAAAUGAAAUAUUAUACUCUUUGUCAAGGCUCGUGGUGUCUUCCUCAAAGUAUAUGCGGAGUGAGAGAGAUAGAUAUAUUAUUAUAUUUUGUAAUAAAUCAAUUUUAUUGUUUGUUUUGUAAGUUUAUAUUGUUAGUCCUAGACCACAUUCCGUUUGGACGCAUUUGGACGAAUCUGUCUUUUGUUUUUGCAAUUGUACAGUGAAGAUAAUAAAUCAAAUAUUUUA